CGACGGCGCGGUUUAGUUGGGGGAGCUGUUGGCGUGCGGAUCCGCAACUCCCUGGGAGGCAGACACAGGCGGACCGGCGGGCGCUGGGAACCGAGCGACAGGCAGUACCCGCGGGUCUCUGAAGGAGUCGGUGGUCCCAGCGGGCAGCAGUCAGAAUAAAUUCCUGGCUCCUGUGCAGCACAGCUGGAUCCGGCUGUGAAGCUCGUGCAUUGGUUUCUGUUGAGGACGUGACUGGGUCGUUAUAUUUUUGCCUACGGAGGUUGAUAAGAAAACAGAGGCACAAAAAAUAAUUCACCAUCUUGUCCAGGAUUACAACAAAUCCAGUGUGUAUGAAAUGCCUUCACCAUGUAGGAAUGAAGCAUGGUCCAUUGAGAAGCAUGCAGUCAUACUAGUCAGGGCACCAGAAACCUGAAUCUAUGCUUUAAAGAAAAGUAGAAAUCACUUCUGACUGUACUGAAUAGCAAAAACUAAGUGACAUUGCAAACCAUGGCACUGGCAUUCCGGAAGGACUUAGAAAAAUACAAAGACCUCGAUGAAGAUGAGCUCCUUGGGAAUCUAUCAGAAAUAGAACUGAAACAACUGGAAACUGUUUUGGAUGAUCUUGACCCUGAGAAUGCCCUUCUGCCUGCAGGGUUCCGGCAGAAGAACCAGACAUCAAAGUCCGCCACAGGUCCAUUUGAUAGAGAACACCUCCUUUCCUAUCUGGAGAAAGAAGCUUUGGAGCAUAAGGACAGGGAAGACUAUGUGCCCUACACUGGUGAAAAAAAAGGGAAAAUAUUUAUUCCUAAACAGAAACCUGCACAGACUUUUACGGAAGAAAAAGUAUCUCUUGAUCCAGAAUUAGAAGAAGCUUUGACAAGUGCUUCUGAUACAGAAUUGUGUGACCUUGCAGCUAUUCUUGGGAUGCACAAUUUGAUAACGAAUACACAGUUGUGUAAUAUAGUGGGAAGUAGUAAUGGUGUCGAUCAAGAACACUUUUCAAAUGUAGUAAAAGGUGAAAAGAUUGUUCCAGUAUUUGAUGAACCGCCAAAUCCAACCAAUGUUGAAGAAAGUUUAAAGAGAAUUAAAGAAAAUGAUGCUCGUCUUGUUGAAGUUAAUUUGAAUAAUAUAAAGAACAUACCGGUUCCAACCCUAAAAGGUUUUGCGAAGGCUUUGGAGACCAACACACAUGUGAAAUAUUUCAGUCUUGCAGCCACGCGGAGCAAUGACCCUGUCGCUAUUGCUUUUGCUGAUAUGCUGAGAGUGAACAAAAAUUUGAAAAGCUUAAAUAUGGAGUCCAACUUUAUUACAGGAGCUGGGAUUCUAGCACUAAUUAAUGCUUUAAGAGAUAAUGAAACCCUGGCAGAGCUCAAGAUUGACAAUCAGAGGCAGCAGUUGGGGACGGCUGUAGAAUUGGAAAUUGCCAGGAUGCUUGAGGAAAAUACAAAUAUCCUUAAAUUUGGAUAUCAGUUUACACAGCAGGGACCCCGAACCAGGGCAGCGGAUGCUAUAACAAAAAACAAUGACUUAGUUCGCAAGAGACGAGUUGAAGGAGACCACCAGUAAGUCAGCCAAAGUAUAACCUUUGGAGGACUUUGAAAGGUCACCAAGGGCUCCUGUUGGUGAUAUCAGAUGUAAAAUUUUCCUGAGUAGAAGGGAAAAGACUGGAAAUCUUUCUUUUUUUAAACUACAUGUAUCUUUUCUUCUAGUUUAAGUUGUUACCAGUUUCAAGUUGUAAAAUCAGUAGUAGGUGAUAUUUUAUGUUUUAAAGCACUAUUUCUACUUUCUGCUAAAAUCAGUUUUAGCUUAAUUAAAUGGUUUAUGAUGGGUUAAAAAAUACAAUUAUAAAAAUGUUUAGGAAGUAAUGGAGAAUAAAACGACCAGUCUUUAAGGACCAAUCUUUUUUAAAUCAAAAAGGGACAUUGCUGACAUCAGAAUUGCUGUUGCACCUUUUAGGUGCAAGGCACUUCAAAGCUUUCCUUAUUCCAGGAUAUGGAGACUUUUCCAAAUUUUAGAAUACAUGAACUUGGCAAGAAUGUGCUUUUUGCUUCUAUCAAAAAAGCACAAUGCCAGAAUUUUGAAACAGAUGACUCAAAAUUUAGUCAUCUGUUGAGGAGUAAAAGCAGAUCUCUAGGAAAAAUGGUCUUCUGCACAUUCCAGGUUACUGCACUUGUCUGAUAUAUCUUAGCAACACUUAAGAGUUUUCAAAGUAUAUAGCAUUAUCUAAAUUCAUUAUAGUUUUUCAUUUUAAUAAUGUGCACAAUAUUAAAUUUUUAUUUUUUAUUUUUUUGGGGCAUUAUUAAAUUUUUGUGAAAGCCCAGAGUAAAAAGCAUCUGAGUAGGAAAGCUAUCUUCUUCCCUGUAAAAGGCAUACAGCCAACUCUUGGCCAUUUAGGGUAAAGGCAAAAAGAAAGCUGUUGUUAAACACACGAAAUCAGAGAUAAUAAAUAUGAUGGAGGUUAAGUCUGAGGAGCAUGAAAACGGUCAUUUAAUGGUUACUGUAAAGGAAAUUAGAAACUGGCAUGCGUAUAAAUCAAGCGUUAAACAGUUUAGUGUGAAUUUUCUAUAUGCAAUGCACAGUUCCAUAAAUGGUAUUUAAUCACCACUCACUACAAAUUUUCCAACCAGUAAGGAAAACUGCUCUUUGUAAAUCUAAUUUUUAUUAUGUUUCCUUUCAUCUUACACUUUUUAGUCCAUAUUAUGUAAAAGUAAUUUCUCGUAAUGAAAGUUGUCUUCAUAUUACUCAAAGUACCAAGGUGAACAAUUGAACAGUGUGCUGUGGUGGGAAGACUGACUCCAGACCACCAGUGUAAUAGAGGAUUUAGACCUGUAUCCAUGCCCUGGAAGGUGGUAGAGGCAUUACAGCUGGCGAAGGCAGGGACAAAGGAAUCUGAGUAAUCCUGGCCUCAGAAAUUCAGAGCUGGCUAUGUCAUAUAUAGGGAGAUUUUUCUAAAGGGAAGAAUCUCAUUUCAGAGUCGCAGAGAAGUCUGUUGUUAACUUUUUUUUUUUUGAAAUUGAGUUACAGAAUGUCUGCUCCUUUAGCUUGGAGUGGACAGUUUAUCCAAUGAACUAGGCAGCUUCUUGUAUACUGUCAUAAUAAGCCUUCUUAACAGGUGUGUUUGUUUCUUUGAAUUAGUAUCCAGUAUUUUAAAGGGGCCAAAGAUUAACCUUGCACUAUUCCCUUUCAGUCAUAGGCUGCUGAUUUUUUUAAAGUUAGCAAGUAUCUCUCUCUCUCUUUCUCCUUUUCAUAUACUACUUUGGAAAUGUACUUGAUUUUACAGACUGCACUGUUCCAGCAGGGUAGGGAGCCAGCAUGGAGCAGGUAUAUAAGGCUACCAUUACACUUUUAGCAAGGCUGUCUUGCUUGCGCUGUCCUGUAAGUCAAUGCAUUGAUAAGUAUGUGUCCCUUUCCUCCCAUAAGUUUUGUUGUUUUUUUUUAAAACGUAGGUAGGCAAGACUUCACCUAGAAUUGUGUAUCAUACUUAUGGAUAAUAUCAUUUUCAUUUACUAUUUAUCAAAAUAUGAAGUUGAGUGUUUUGCUUGUACCAUUCCAGUUUUGAGCUACAAUGCAAUAGUUCAUUAUCUAAUUGAAGAAAAUAUUAAUUGAAGAAAAUAUUUCUUCAUAAAUAACUUUAAAGAUGAAUAUUCAUCUGAUUGAGUGCAGAAAAAUCAACAAUCAUAAUUACAAGGGAGAAAACUGAUGUUUACUUUGAUCUUUAAAAACCUGGCACCACUUAGCCUUUUAGUAACUUUUGGAAUUUCUACACUGAUCUAAAAUUUUGUAAUAGAUUAGGGUUGAUUUUAAAAAUCGAGUAGUCUUGAUUUUUAAACCAAAGAUGUUCUAAGACCCUAAGUUUUAUAGUCUAAUCAGUUUAAACUUACCUGGUUUUCUAAUCAAAGAAUAUUGUUUGCAUUUUUAAAUUACUGUUUUUUAAAAGUCUUUAACUUCCCAUUUUAUAAAAUUUUAUAUCCAUACUUGUCUGAAGUUCUAAUUUUUCCAGUAUGUCUACAUGAAAUUGUAUGUAUUUUAAAAAUCAAUAUUAAUUACUAAUAUUGAUAUUACAAAAAUGGAUUUUGGUGCUAUGUACUUGUAGCUAAAGCCUAGUAGAAGUCUAAAAGAAAGGUGAAAUACAUUUUCUAAGGGUGCCUGUUAUUUAAAAGACCAAAUAAACAUUUUUGUUUAAAAAAAAUUAGCAGAUUGUUAAAGAUUUCAAGAAUUAUCUUGAUCAUCAAAUGGCAAAUUCUUGUUAUUUGAAUGAAAUAACCCACAUAUUUGUUUUAUGCAGUAGGUGUACUCUGGAAAAGUUACAUGUAAAUAGAACUUUGUAAAUUGUUUUUCCAUUGACAGUAUCUGAUGCGUUUUCAUUUAAAAGGGUGAUCCAUGCUAUUAAAAAAAAUUAGAAAAAAAUAUAUUUUGAAAAAAUGUUAGCCGUGUUCUAUUGUACAUUAUAUUUAACCCUUGCUGCCAUUAAAUAAGAUGAAAAGAUACUUGAGGUAUCAUAAAAUCUUAUAUUUUUGGCUCUGUGUUCCCAGGGCUGCCUCACUUUUUCCUUAUAAAAUCAGGAACCACUGUUAACCUCCAAGAACAUCUGAGGAGCAUGCUUUUUCUGGAGUCCAGAGCAGUUUCUAUUCUCUGCAAGUUCAGUACUGUCCAACUUUGUUCUUUCAUAUAAUGCCACCUCAUUUAAAAUGUUUCUCCCAGUUUUAUUGAGAUAUAAUUGACAUUUAACAUGUUAGAAGGUGCACAACAUAAUUAUUUAGUAUAUGAAUAUAUUACAAAAUGACUACCACGAUAACAUCCAUCACUUCACAUAGUUAAAAAUGUUUAAAAUCUACCCUCUUAGCAAUUACAGUACAGUAUUGCUAGCUAUAGUCGUGUCUUGUCCAGGGUUUAUUCACUGUAUAACUGAAAGUUUGUACCUUUUAACCACCUUCACCCAUUUACCUUACCCCAUCCCUUGCCUCUGACAACUACCAAUCUGUUCUCUGUUUCUAAGAGUUCAUUUUUUUUUAAGAUUCCACAUGUGAGAUCAUACAGUAUUUGUCUCUGUCUGACAUAUUUUACUUAGCAUAAUGCUCUCAAGGCCACUUCACUUUUGAAUAGUAUUACCUGAAGACAUGGCGUCCCCGAGAACCUAGUACAUGGAUGUACCAGAGCAACUCCUGUUGCUGCCCUCAGACAGGGGCACUUUUUAGAUUUGUCUGCUUAAGAAUUGUUUUUAAAAAAACUGGCACAUAUGCAUAUGUAUGCACACACACACAUUGCACAAAAACCGUUUUUUAAAUUUCAAAUAAACGCCCAGUUUAUAUUUUUCAGUCUUUUGGAUGAAUUAUAUUUGGUUUUAGUUUUGUUUAAAAGCUUGAAAAUUACCUUUGUAGCAAUACAUCAUUCUUUGUCACAUUAAUUAGGUAUUUAAAUACAUUUUUAAUACUAAAAUAUCCAAAAUGCUGUAGAUGCUUUUUUCAAUUUUUAUCAAUUUAAAAGCAGUAUAUUUUAAAAUAAUGUCUAAAUAUUACAAAAUAUUAUUAACCUGGUUCAUAAUGGCACAGUAAAGUUUCUUUUGACGAACAUGUACUAUAGGCAUUUAGAAGUUACCACUUCAUACUGGGAUAAAUAAUUUCAAUAAAGUUUAUCAAAUAUCCUGUA